AUGGCUGAAGUAGAAGAUGGCAGGGCAGUCCAAGUGAAUGGUACAGGUACAGAUGACAUGAAAACUAAGGUUAUGAGUGACAAUGACGUUCUCAAUGAUGAACAAUUGAAUACUGAUAAUUCUCAAGUUGUAACCGUUGUUGGUAGCACUGGUAGUGAAAUAUUGUUAGAAGAAACGAAGAUUGAUCAGUCCAAUGAGAUAAAAGCGAUAGAAGAAGGACCGAGAUCAGAAGAACAGCAAGAAAGUAAUAAGUUAAAUAAUAUGGAAGUAAUGGAGCAAGCUGUGGAAAAGGUCGAGGCUAAAUAUGACCUCGACCACAAUGAAAUCAAUGAGGCGGAAAUCAAGAAGGAAAAGCCAAUUCAUCUGGCGGGAGACGAAGCAGUGGAAGAGCAAGUAAUUGAGGAUAGAACUGAGGAUCAGGUACCUGAUAUAACCGGUACGGAUAAUGCAGAUGUAAUGGCUACUUCAAUGGAUAGUAUUGACGAACUACCAACCAGUGAAGAGCAAGCCGUAGAAACAUCGGCACUUGUAGAACAAGAAGCUGAAUUAUUUGUCAAAUCGGAAACUGAUAAUGUAGAGAUUGCACCAAUCACGGAAACAGAAGCACCAAUAGAGGAAGAAAGAAUAGCUAUAGGUUCUGAAGUUGAAAUACCACAAGAACUUCAUGAAGCUGAAACAAUGUUAGAGGAAAAAGUAGUACCAACAGACGAGGCGACAGAUGUUAAUGUUGAAGCACCUCAGAAUGAUGACAAAGCUAAAGAGUUAUUAACAGAGCAAAAUCCUGCUGCACCUGAAGAAGAAUCUGAAGAAUUAGAAGUUGAAGGACUGAAAGAAACUGAACCCGAAGUGGAACAAGUUCAAGAUCAAUUAAAACAUACGGAACCUCUCGAGGUCACUGAAGUCAUACAGGAGGUUGUCACUGAGCAGAGUUUGGCUACCAACGAAUCUGAAGCCAUUAUGGAUGAAUUAUCGGAAGCAGCAGCAGAAGAGAUUAAAAAAGAAGACUUAAAUAACGAACGAAAUGAGCCUAGUAAUGUAGAACUUCCGAACGAACAACAGCAACCUAUGGAAUGCGGUAACGAAGCAGAGGAAAACAGUUUUGUAUCAGCUCUACUACCAGAAGAAAAAUCUGAAACAAUCCACAGCUCUCAUACGUCGAGUUUAAAAUUCGAAGAAACAAGUGAUGGACCUAUGGCGACACCACUGAUGACUGAACAGGAGUUUACAUUUGAUGAAGACAAACCAGUUUCCAAAACAUCUAUCACCGACGAUAAAGUUUUGUCACAAAAAAAGUUUACUACGGAAGAAAAAAAUUCUUCACGUAAAACAUCGGCAAUGGAGGACGAAGUAUCUUCGAGAAAAGUUUCAGCUAUGGAAGGAGAAGGACAAGAUAGGUCUUCAAGAAAAGUUUCAGCCAUGGAAGAAAAAGCUCUAUCUCGAAAAACAUCCGCUGCUGAAGAAGAGAAACUUCAAUCAAGAAAGUCUUCAGAAGUUAAAGAAAAGAAAAUACCAUCAAGAAAAUCAUCAGUAAUUCAAGAAGCAAAAACUCCAUCUAGAAAAACGUCAGAAAGUGAGGAAAAAAUUUCAUCGCGGAAGACAUCAGUCGUCGAGGAAGAAAAAAUAGCUUCCAAGAAAUCAUCAAUAGCACAGGAAAGAGUUCUCCCUCGAAAAAUAUCAUCACAAAUGGAUGAAAAGGCCCCGUCACGAAAGGCUUCAAAAAUGAAAAGUGUUGAAGAAAAUAGUGAAACAACGGAAUUUUCCCCUGAAUUAGCAGCAGCACCACAAUCAGAGAGAGCGGGAAAAGCAAAAAUAGCCAAAGUUGAAUCAAAUGAAGCAAAAAUAGAACCAGAGCUUGAACCGAUUGUUGAGCCUAAAUCGGCUACUGAGGAAACUGUAGUUGAAGCAAAAGAAGCUAAAAUUAUUGCUGAAUCACCAACUGGAAAAAUAAAUGACGAGGCUCCUUUUGAAGACGCUACUGCCGAAGAUGUCGAAAAUGAAGAGAAAAAAGUGCCUGAAGAGGAAAAAUACGCCAAAGAAGAAGAACAUGCUGCUGUUAAUGAACGAGAAUCUUUACCACCAGCAAGACAAAUUAUUUCAUCUCCUCCACGUAGGCGUUCACCAUCACCGGUGAGGAGAGAUACAAAUCGAGAAAAUCGAGAAAGUAAAUACAAAUCAUAUGAUCAAGAUACACAUCGACAGAGAGGCCCUCCUCCUCGUAUGCCAAAUUAUUUAUCAUUUUCAUCCUAUAUACCAGUCGAGAAAAAAGCGUACUCGCCAGUUAGUCCAUGGGUACAAAAUGCUGCGCAAAAAUAUCGAAACGAUUACACUGCCGCUUCGGCUUAUAAGCCUAAAUCUAUUUAUACUUCAAUAUUUGAUGACACUGUUAAUUCGGGUCCAUUUUCAAGCGAUUUGUACUCAGUGAAUCGUCUUCUUGAGCGCUCGCGCAGCCGCUCUCGAGAGUUGAGAAAUGCGCUUCGCUCAAAGCGUUCGACAAGCAAUUAUUACCGUUAUACUUCAAACUAUGCGACGCCACCACUUCGAACUCGUGAUUAUUCGACACCACCAUUGUCGUCUGUAUACCACUCUUCAUCACGGUCUGGUUCAUUUAUUUCCUUCAUGGAAUAUAGCGGACAAAAACAAUAUGAACUUGCAAGGAGUCCAAGCCGUUUCUCAAAUUUUGAUGGAUUAAGCCGAGCAAGCUCACGCUCGAAUGUUGACAUGUUCUAUGAUAUGGAACGUUUGUCACGAGUGGAUAGCUAUGUACGCGAUUUGAAUCGUAACACUGAGUACGGGUUCCCAAGUACUUACGUCAAGUAUCGUUCGCCGUCACGACCUUAUUUGCCGCAAGAAUAUACUCCUAUCAAUGGAUACAGAGCCUACAACAGUCCGUUAUCGCGUCAACGUCAUUCAGUUCUUUAUAAUAAUCCAUAUAUUUAUAAUCCGAUACCAGUGUCUCAGAGUCUGUACGAGGCUUAUCCAACAACAAAUUCACCAAGCAGUAGCACACUCAGCCGCCUCUAUUCUGGUUUUGCGCGUCACUGGACGAUGGGUUCAUAA